CACAAGUACAUACUCACUCACAUAUUUGUUGAACUUCCCUUCAUUUCUAUGGCUACUCAAAACACAACCUUCGAACUUGUCAUGAAAGAUGUUGUUCUUAUCAAACCAUCAAAACCAACACCUUCCUCUAUUCUUCCUUUAUCUACCCUAGACAAUAUACCUUUCAAUAAUAGCCUAUGCCACACCCUUCAUGUAUUUCGAUCCAAAACUCAUGAUCUUGAUGAACCGGGUUGCCCAAAUCACCAACUGCUAGAUCUUGCUGAUGUGAUUAAAGCAGCAAUUUCAAAGGCUUUAUUCUAUUAUUAUCCUCUAGCAGGUAGGCUAGUAAAGCACACUGAUGGAAACUUCAUGAUCAACUGCAGUGCAGAAGGUGUUCCGUUCUUGGAGGCCAGUGCCAGUUGCAAUCUUUCUUCUCUCCAUUUCUGGGACGGCACUGACAUGCAAAAUGCAAAACACUUAGUGUUUGACCUUCCUUCUCAAAGUGAAAGUGGCUACCAAUAUCCCUUGGUGUUCAAGGUGACAACCUUUACUUGUGGAGGAUUCACCAUUGGAAUGGGGAUGUUACAUACUAUUGGAGAUGGCAUUGGAGCAUCUCAGAUCUUAAAAGCCAUCAUAGAGCUUGCAAGGGGGAAAAGUGAGCCCUCUGUGAAGCCUGUGUGGGAGAGAGAGAGGCUGAAGGGAUCAAUCACUAAACAGCCAUUGCUAUUUGAUUCAGUGGAUGAGGCCUCAGCUGCUGUUUCACCCUUUCUUCCAACCGAAAUUCUCGUGCAGGAAUGCAUUAAGGUUAACAGUGAAAGCAUCAGAAGACUGAAGAUGAGUUUGAUGAAGGAAUCAGGUGAAAACGAAAACUUCACUACUUUUGAAUCACUAGCUGCAUAUGUGUGGAGGUCUAAAUCAAGGGCCUUAAAAUUGAACUGUGAUGGGAAAGUUAAGCUGACUAUCACAGUUGGAGUGAGAAGGCACUUGCAGGAUCCUUUGCCUGAAGGGUAUUAUGGAAAUGCUAUUGUGGAUACUGACGUUGUUUUAACAGUGAGGGAACUGAAUGAAAGGCCACUACAUGAGAUCGUGAAGCUCAUAAAAGAAAGCAAGAAAGUUGCUAGUAACAGUGAUUAUGUGAGAAACUUCAUCAACACUUUAGAGACAGAAGUAACGUAUUUCAAUAUUGAAGGGAGUGGUGCAUAUACUGUGUUGACUGAUUGGAGGUACUUGGGGUUCUUGGAAAAGAUAGAUUGUGGAGUUAAAGAACUUGUGAAUACUUUACCAGUCGCUUCUGACAUGUUUGGAUCCGUUGAUUUAUGCAUUUUCUCAUCUCUUUGCAACUUGGAUUCUUCAAUGGAGGGAGGGGUUAGCAUUUUUCAGUCCCUACCAGCUGCUGCAUUGCUCAAGUUCAAGGAGGAGAUGGAAGCUCUCAGCCUUUUGAUUUGAACACUUACUAUAUAUGAAGUGAAUAAAGCAACAUGAAAUGUGUGAGAUCUGUUCAUGCCACAUUCCUUUUAGGCCUUUUGAUUUGAGCAUUUACUAUAUAUGAAGAUGAAUAAAGCAACAUGAUUUAGAUGUUAUAGAGUUGGAGUGUAAAAAAAUGAAAGCAUGAAGGAAGUCGUUCUUUCCCCCGUGGUUGUAAAGG